AUGAAACCUCCUGUAAAGAAACAAACAAAUUGUCUGAUUAAUUCCAUGAUCCAUUCUCAAAUUGCUGUAAUUGUGGUCACAAAAGAUCACGGAAACAAAAUCAUGUUCAAGUCUAUUCAGAGUUCACCAAUUGAGCAUUUAUUCAUAGAUAUUUAUAAUGAAACGGUCAUUCGAACCUGGAAAUCUCAAGAAAUUGAUUUAUACUGCAAAAAUCUUUUAUUAAAUCAUUUAUUGAAAUAG